AUGUCCGUUGCCUUGCUCGCACGACCCUCGCAAAUCAAAUUAACAAAAUUAACAAAAAUUGUUCACAACAAAAUGAGCACAGCGCAGUGUUGUUUUCGUGCUGUUGAAUUGCUCAACACUGGCAGCGAACUGGUUUGCCAGCGAUAUGUGCUAUCGUUCUGGGGCAGGCUAUCGAUGCUUUUGGCGCUGGCACGGCUGGCAACAGCUGAUUGUUAUCGGUCUGGGUCCGCCACUAGCAGAUUUUCACUUGGAAUUUGUUUAUAUUAUUGUUUACCUGUACUAUUAUCACUGACAAGCGGAAUGGCCAGCCACGACAUCAAGCUGGAGGUCUGCGUGGAUUCCAUACGAUCGGCCUUUGCCGCCGAAGCUGGCGGUGCCUCGCGGAUUGAGCUCUGCUCGGCCCUGGGCGAAGGCGGCUUGAGCCCCAGUGUGGGCACCCUGAAAACCCUAAAGGAAACCCUCACUCUGCCCAUUUACUGCAUGCUGAGACCCCGGCGGGGCACGGACUUUGUCUACAGCGACGAGGAGAUGUGCGCCGUGCUCACGGACAUGGAUCUGCUGCGGGAGAACGGCGCCGACGGCUUCGUUUUCGGAUCCCUGAAUCUGGAUCGCAGUAUCAACGUGGACCAGUGCCGGCAGGUGAUGAUGGAGUCGGAGGGCCUUCCUGUGACCUUUCACCGUGCCUUCGACCUCACCGAUCAGAAGCGCAUGGACGAGAACGUUGAACUGCUGAGGGAACUGGGCUUCAAGCGGCUGCUGAGCAGCGGUUUCCGUCCCUCGGCCGCCGAUGGCGUGGAUUGCCUGGCGCAGCUGAUAGCCAAGCAUCACAGGGACUUCAUAGUGAUGCCCGGCGCCGGCAUCAAGGUGUCCAACCUGGAGGAGAUCCUAACGGUCAGUCGCUGCCAGGAGUUUCACGCCUCCGCCCAGGACACGGCCGGCGAGGACUAUGUGACGCCCACCACCACGCGCAUGGAGUGCGACGUGACCAUGGGCAAACAGGACGUGGACCCGUACUUUGGCACCAAUGCCAACGUGGUGCGCAAGAUGGUCACCAUCGCGAAUGCCAUGAGCUGCCGCUGAAGAUCUGCAAUAGUUUUUAACCUAACCCUAAGUCCUACUCUUAUUCCUUGACUGUCUGUGAACUACAGUUUCGUCUAUAUAAUCUGUAUAUAGCUACUAGCUGUUGUUACUACUUAAGUAGUCUUGUCCCUAAAAUUCUAAAUCCUAAAAAAUAAUCGAAAUAAAGAUUCGGUAGACAUUGCA